AUGUGUUUUGAAUGUGGAUAUUCAAGCUAUUGUGGAUUAACUUGUGAAAUACCAUGUCAAGAUGGUUGUAAAAAACAAAAUUGUAAUCAAUCCUGUCAAUGUGUUAAUGGGUGUACUGCUACCAAUUGGGGAGAAAAGUGUCAGACUAUAUGCAAUUCAAACUGUGACAAACCAUCUCAUCCAUUUAUUAGAGUUUGUGACUCUUUGAAUGGGACAUGUCUAUUAGGAUGUAAUGGACAACGGUUCUGGAAGAGUCAGUGUAUUGAACCAUGUUCUAGUAACUGUGUCAACGGCACAUGUGAGCAAAACUCCGGACAUUGUAAAGAUGGCUGCACGAGUAACAGAGUCUAUGGCGGGCGAUGUGAUACACCGUGUAACAAAAACUGCAAUGUCGGUACUUGCAAAAGAGAAGAUGGAUAUUGUGAUAAAGGUUGUAAAGAAGGAAGUUACGGUAACAAUUGUGAAAAUAUCUGCAGUGCAACAUGUUUAAACCAAAAAUGCAAGAGGUUUGACGGCAGCUGCACAGAGGGAUGUAUCUCUGGAUAUGAAGGACAGAAAUGCGAAACAGAAACAAAACCGGUUGACAAAUCCUUACUUGGGAUUGCUAUAAGCGGAUGGACCUUGUGUGUCAUUCUUCUGGCGUUUGUGAUAAUAACAACUUUAAGAAGAAGGCUGAGAAAGUCUAAGAGGAACGAAGCCAAUGCAGAGGAGAAUAUACAAGAUCAAACAAGAAAUCAGCAAGUAUACACAACGUUACAGCACGAGGAUGAUGGUAAGGCAAAGUAUGAGGUGCUGAGACUUGGGACAGAGAACACUACUAGAGAACAGGCUGAUUACGAAAACAGCGGCUUGUGAUCAAACAUUUAACAGAAAAAGGAAACAGACUGACUAAGAUGAAGUGAUGUUGCAUUUGUAGUAUACAAAUCUCAAUUACAAAAUUGUAAUUGUAAAGAAUUUACCAUAUUAAAGUAUAUUUUCAGUUCUUGUCUGUAUUAAAAUGUAAUUAUAUUAUAAAUGAACUCGGAUGUGCGGAACAAAUUUAUUCAAAUACUUAUGUGAUGAUUAAACUAAUAGUUUUCGCUUCUUAUCGGAAAUGCGGACUAACGCAUACAUAAUAGAUACGUAUAAAGGCAAAAAUGAAAUAAAAAUAUGUAGACAAAGUACAUGAUGUGCACGUUUGUUAAUUUUUAAUGAUAUGGAUUCACGGGAAGUAAUUUUCGUUUAAAAGAGAACAACUAACGGAAUGAAUGCUCAGAUAUGUCCCUUUUUGCGUGCUUUUAUGCUGUUGUAAUUAGAUCAGGUUAUAGGUACACUAUUCUAUGAAUGUUCUAUAAUUACUUAGUAAGUGAUUCUUUUAUCUUUAAUUGCUAUACUUAACAUGACGCUACUUAAUG